CACACACACGCUCGAUCUCUAAACCUCUUUCUGUAAUUAAUUUCCCAUCACAUCAUCCUCAGAGCAGAAACUGUUGUAUUUACGGAAGAGAGAUCAUUUCCUUUCAAAAUAAGAGUUCUAAAGCAAAGUCACGUUAUUUCACUACAGUAAUUCACGUGUUACAAGAUGACGCCAAAUAGUGAGUAUGUGACCUCUCGCUCCCUAUGUUGAGUGUGAAGUCCCAAUGUCUGAUCCUGAAAUAAGAACACAGUCAGUCUCUGGUGAGAGCAGUGUGUUGGAGUGUGUGUUGUCAUGUCACUGUUGUUACGACGUGUUGGUGAACCCGACUACGCUGACAUGUGGCCACAGCUUCUGCCGUCACUGCCUCGCCCUGUGGUGGGAGUCGUCACACCGCACGGAGUGUCCUGAGUGCAGAGAGCCAUGGCAUGGCUUCCCCAAAGUCAACAUCCUGCUCAGGGAUGCUGUAGAGAAGCUUCACGGGGCCGACGUGAGGAGAAGGUGUGAGGAGAUCCAGAGUAACGUUAGCAUCUCUCGCUCACUGCUGGCAUUUCAGCGUUUUGGAGAUGAACAAUCCAAUCAGAGAUCUGUAUCAGGAAGAGCAGGAAGCUUCUGUUUGGGAGUGUUCCUUACACUCAGCUGCAUCAUGGUUAUGUUGUUGAUGUACCGCUGGUCCAGUGGAGGAAUUUACAAUGACAACUUGGUCAGUAAGCCAAUCAGCAGGUGGACGGUUGAUGAUGUCACCCUGUGGAUGGAGCAGCUUGGGUCCUGGACCAAUCAGUACAGAGAAACCUUUUUACAGGAGCAGGUGAACGGCAGGUUGUUGAACCUGUUGGGUGAUGAUGACUUGCUCAGUGCUCCGUUCCUCAUGGAGAACCCUUCACACAGACGUGCCCUCCUGCAGGAGCUCUACAGAGUCCAGAGCUUCGGAGUCAAACCCCCACGUGACCUGUGGGAGUACAAGGCGGCAAAUGAAGAGAAGUUUGUGUUCCUGGUCUAUGCUCUGAAGGACUCGCCCCGCCUCACCUUCCUCCUCCUCUACCUGUUUGACUAUGAAGGCUCCUUCCUUCCUCUCAUACACACCUGCUGUCCUACACACAGUGAGCAGAAGGAGCUGACGGAGUGGGUGUGGCCUAGCUGGUGGCAGUGGGCAUGGUUGGGUGUGAAGUGGUUGGUCGUGCCGUAUCAGCUGAUGGCAGAGUUUGCGUUUGAUUGGCUGAGUGUGCACUAUUGGACCUCUCGAAUAGUCAUUGUGAACGCUGUACUGCUCUCCUUACAGGAGGGACACGCCGUGUGGAGCAGCUGGAGACGAGGACAACUCGGGAGGCUCCCACACCGUGUGUUUGCUUAUGUCUGGAGGAUGGGGAUCCACAGCAUUAUCUUCCUGUUCCUCUGGCCUCUGCUUCCUCAGUGUGUGUGGAACGCUCUGUUCUACUGGGGCUUCUACUGCAGUCCUGCCUAUAAUACACACAGCAUACUGAAGCAGCUCCUGCGACACACACCUACACACCAAGCAUGACACACACACACACACACCUACACACCAAGCAUGACACACACACACACACACACACACACACCUACA